ACCCCGGCGUUGUGCUUGACUUGUAUCAGUGUGUAUGGAGGACGUCGGAUGGUUCGCUCGGUUUUUUAUGUACACUAUUUUAUGAAGACAACUUUGAAAUACACAAGAAAUACGGUUAAGACCGUGGAUAUUAAGACAGUCUGGAUGGUGUCAGCGUUAACUUAAAACGGAUGAUUCACACAGUUUAAAAACUUUUUUUUUUGUUUAGUGAAUUUAUAUUCACUUCAGAUUAUUUUUCAAGAUGCAUCCUACAUCAUUAACAACAAGUUCUAAUUCAGCUUUUAGUAAAUUGAACUCUGGAAAUGAUAAACCAGAAAUACAGAAUACUGGAGAAAUGACUGAGAUUAAUAAUGUUCCAACAGAAAAAUCACCCACAACUUUAUUACAAUCAUCAUCGAAAUUAUCAUCUUCAUCGUCAUCAGCACCGGGACAGAAACAAGUGCUAAAAUUUAGUGUGGACUCAAUAAUGUCGGAAAAGACAUCUCCAACAAAUACUCUCCAGGAGGACAGAGAGCAAUCCGACUCACCUCAUUCAGUCAGUUCCGAUGAAGGAAGUUGUACAGAAUCUCCGAAACUUUCCACAUCUUCCAUGGGACCUUUUAGUAUGGAUGGAAUAUUAAACAAACACCACUCUAUAAUGAGAAAUUCGGACAGUUCUAAUGCACCCUCAUCACUUAUGUCUCAUGUCCCGUCGGACGGGCGGUGGCCCGGAUUUUAUACCGCAGCAUCUUUUCCCUGGCUCCCCGGGGCAACUUUGUCACCCCCAAAAGGUCCAAGUAGUCCAGCAAGGAUAAACCCACAAAAAUGCACGUUACGGAAACACAAAACCAACCGAAAGCCAAGGACACCAUUUACAACAUCACAACUUUUAGCGCUGGAGCGAAAAUUCAGGCAAAAACAGUACUUAUCCAUUGCGGAAAGAGCAGAAUUCUCAGCAUCAUUAAACCUUACAGAGACACAGGUGAAAAUCUGGUUUCAAAACCGACGAGCAAAAGCAAAGCGUUUGCAUGAAGCAGAAUUAGAAAAACUAAAGAUGGCAUCCAAACCAAUGUUACCUCCACACAUAGGAGUUACGUUUCCCGCCGCCGCAGCAUUGUAUAACGGACAUUUCGGAAGACCUCAGGGUUUUCCACAGUCUCUGAUGUCUCCAUUUAGUUAUUCUCUACCUGCUGGUGGAAACAUAGGGAUGGUAUAUCAUCACUGACAUUUGAUGGUUACCGAACAAACAGUUGUUGUUGACAACUAAAUCCCAGACAUGACGGACCAAGUAUGCCCUCCUGUUCCCAAUCGGCCAAAGUUAUUGACCAGAGUUUGCCGAAAGUCGGACAAGCAUGAAAUUCCCAAGUAAAGACUUUCAUCACGGAUGUACCUGCUGUGUACGUGAGGCGCGAUUAGCGUACCUAGAUAACGUGGGGAUCGAAUGGUACAACCAUGUCCAACCCGUAUCCCUCGGUAAUGGCGUCGAAUCUGUGUAGGGCGGGAGGCGAGGCAAGUCAACACGACCUUGAAUCAAUAUAGCACUGACUUGUUCAGCUCUAAAAACUGUCAAGGUCAGAUGUUAGUUUCAAAGGUCAAGGACAUAUUGAAUAUGAAUCGUCACAAGAAGAAAUCAAACAUACAAUUGAACUCAGGGUAGAAUUUUUGCCAAAAUAUUGCAUUUGGACUUACACGUGAAAGUGCUGCGUUGAAUAAAGACAUAUUUCAGCAUUAUACAUUGAAACUUUUAAUGCUACAUGACUUGGUUGUAUUGGUUUGUAACAAGAAAGUUCCUCUGGGGAAUCAAUCAUUUAAAGCAGACAUAUUCCAGGGACAUCAUUCUUUUAUAAAACUGGCAUCACUUCUAAUAAAAUAACAUUGUUAAGCUGUGUUUUUAACAUAUUGAACCUUUUCAGUGAUGACUAUACAUAAAUGCUAACUUCCGGUUAACAGUGUCUAACUGGACUCCGGCUUCCGGAUUUCAUAAAAGGAGUGUAUCAUCAGCUGAAUUCGAGGCUGUUUGAAUGUCUACUUUCACACCAGGUAUGCCAGCAUGCCAUGAGGUGAGCAAGACAAACAGUCAUUUAAUGUGUAAUUAUUAUUUAUGUUUAAAAAUGAUUAUUUAUGGAAUUUGCUCUUCUAAAUUCUAUUCUCAAAAUCAAAAACAAUUGUUGUGCACUAUUUGAAUGAUAUCUAUAUUAUAUUAUAUUAAAUAUGACAAUUUGAAAUUAC